AUGUCAUCCUGCUGCCAAGCUACAGACUGCUGGAAGAGAGGACAACCCAAUGAGUGGAUGUAUCCUACACUGAUUUUGUGUGCCUUUGGAUUUUUCUCUGUGAUGAGGCCAAUAGAUUCUUUUUUUUUGGCUUAUCUAGUUGGACCUGACAAAAACAUAACUGUUCACCAGGCUAUGAAUGAAAUAUUUCCAAUAUGGACAUACUCGUGUUUGGUACUGUUAAUUCCCACCUUCUUGCUCACAGACUACUUGAGGCAUAAACCUGUCAUAGUUCUUCAUGGUUUUGCCUUAAUUAUUCAGUGCACAUUAUUAAUUUUAAGCCGAGGGGUUUUGGCCAUGAAAUGUCUUCUCUUUGACUACGGGUUGGUGGCUGCCACCAAUGUAGCUUACUUUUCGUACAUCUACAGUGCCAUUAGCUCUGAGCACUAUCAGAAGGUGACUGGUUACUGUCGGACUGUCAUAUUGGUUGGACACACUCUCGGCUCAACUGUGGGACAAGUUUUAAUCUCUGUGUGGAACGCCUCGUAUUUCUGUCUCAAUGUGAUUUCACUCGCUUCGGUGUCCGUGGCCUUCCUGACCGCCCUCUUCUUGCCAACGUCCAAGAGAAGUAAGAUUUUCCACAGGGAAGAUGUGGCUGAAGUCAAUAGGGUGUCACCGGCAAUUGAAGACUGCCGACAAAAGUGUGGAAAGACUGGACCCCAAGACAACCCGGGUGAUCAGACAGUUGAUGGACUGGCAAUGACAAUAGAUCGUAACAAUGCUUCAAAUGUCUUCCUCCAGCUGUGGUCUGAUUUCAAAGAAUGCUACUCGUCUCCACAGCUGCUCUGCUGGUGCCUUUGGUGGGCAUUGGCCACGGCUGGCUUUAACCAAGUUGCAAGUUACAUCCAGGUGCUCUGGGAACACAUUGAGCCAACAGGGAAUGUUACGGUGUACAAUGGCGGUGCAGAAACCAUCUCCAACCUCAUGGGUGCUACCUUUGCCUUUGCCGUUGGGCAUACAAAGCUGGACUGGGCCGUCUGGGGUGAACUGGCACUCGGCAUCUUUUCAGUGGUGAACAGCGGAGUUUCAUAUGCCAUGGCUUUAACCAAAAAUAUCUGGGUUUGUUACGUUUGCUACAGCAUAUUCAAGAGCUGUUACAUGCUGCUGAUUACCAUUACGAUGUUUCAAAUUGCAGUUAACCUCAAGAAGGGACAUUAUGCUCUCAUAUUUGGAGUAAAUACCAUGAUGGCUAUGAUACUUCAAUCCCUCCUGACCAUCAUUGUAGUUGAUUCAAGAGGCCUCGGUUUGGACAUUAUUACCCAGUUUCUUAUUUAUGCGACCUACUUUGCAGUAAUUGCAGGAAUUUUCCUUGUCAGAGGAGUCCACAGUUUUGUCCAAACCAGAAGGAAAGGAAAGAGGCACGUUGGUUCUGGAAUCAUUGAAAAUACUUCGCCGGCCAGAAAUGAUACUGAAAUUACAGCGCAGCUCUGA